UUGACUCUUGAGGAUAUCCGUAGUCGACGUCAUCAGACAAAGACGAAUAUUCGCGUAGCCUCCGUGCGUGAAUUUAAGGAAUGGUUUUCCAAUUCUUGAUGUCCGUAAAAGCUUGGAAAUACGCUAGAUAAGGUCACCGUUGUCACCAUGGCUGACUAUUGGAAAUCUCAGCCCAAAAAAUUCUGCCAGUACUGCAAGUGCUGGAUUGCCGACAACAAACCGAGUGUUGAGUUUCACGAAAGGGGGAAGAAUCAUAAAGAAAAUGUGGCUGCCAAAAUCGCAGAGAUUAAGAAGAAGAGCAUUGAUAAGGCCAAGCAGGAGGACCGCAUGUCGAAGGAGUUUGCGGCAAUGGAGGAGGCGGCGAUGAAGGCGUUUCAGGCGGAUCUGAAACGGCUGGAGGCCGAAUCCGCCACGACAGAAGCUCAACAUGCAAAGCCUGCCCCCAAGGCUGAAGCGGCCAGUAGCAGCGCAACGGGGGCGUGGCUUGAGGGCGUUUCUGAAGAAGGACACACCUACUACUACAACACACUGACUGGGGAAUCCCAGUGGGAGAAACCAAAAGGCUUCCGGGGGAAAGAAAAUAAAUCCAAACAGAGGCAAGCAAAUAAGAAACCUCCGAAGAGAUGUCCAUGGAAUGCAGCCCAGAGCCCAGAAGGCUACACCUACUAUUACAACACAGAGACGGGCGAGAGCAGCUGGGAGAGGCCGGGGGGGUACCGUUCCCCGGAGAGGACGGCCGAGAGCGGAAACACGCCCGGGCAGGAGGGCCCUCCGCCCCCCCUGCCUGACCCCCCCACAGCGGAGGGGGAGAGCGCUGAGAAGCCCGCUCUGGGGCCAGAGGGAGGCAGGGCCCCGCAGGUCGCCAAGAUCAGCUUCAGGAAAAGAAAACUAGACGGGCCUCCAGAGGGCGGAGCUGAAGAGGCCGACGGCGCAGAGGAUGAUGGGAAAGAGGAAGCGGAAGACACACGCGAGGAACCCGCUCCGUGUGACGACAAAAAGGAGGAAGAGGAGGAGGAGAAAGAGGUGGAGAAAGAGGAAAAUAAAGAGGAGGUGAAAGAGAAGGAGGAGAAGAAGAAGGAGGAGGUGGUGGUCGUGGUGAAGAAGCCCAGGAAGACGAACCCGUACGGGGCCUGGGAGCAGAUUCAGGAGGAGAAGGACCCGUAUGAGGACGUGGAUCUGCAGCUCCCCAAGGUGGACGGAGGGGGUACUGCGCCGGCGCCCUCUGAGCUGCCCCCGGAGCCCAAGGUGAAGUUCAGGGAGCGGACCAUCACCUCGCUGGGGGACGAGUCCGGAGCGGGCACGGUGUUCCGGAAGAGGAGGGCGGAAAACGGGAAGUCCAGGAGUCUCCGGCAGAGGGCGGGGGACGACUGAGUCCGACGUUCCUGUGUUAAACACGGACACACGGACUCCGACUCAGAACACGUUGACACUCUUUUUAAGAAACUGAACUGUCUGGGUUUUAAGGAAUGUUGUUUUUUUUGGUUACCAGUUUCAACAGCAGGUCUGACUGGACACCUUUCUCCCCCCCCCCGUCCCACUUGACGCCAGAACAUUCUUAUCCAAGCAGGUUUUUGACCAUCUCUAUGAGCGGAUUGUGUGUUUCAUUGUAUUUUUGUUUUUUAAAUGCCUACAGUUAAAAAUUUGAAUAGGACACAUACUUAUUCUUGAUGGAUGGUGAUUCAUAACAUUUUUUGCCCUCAUGAAAUACCUGUAUGGAUUGUAAGUCUGCCUCCUUGUCUUUGAUUUUUAAAAAUGUUGGAAGUUUACAACCAAGAAGAAUUUUGAAUAAAAUAUUAAACUG